AUGCGGGGUAUGCAAUUGAUUCGGCCCGGGUCGUUGGCUAAGUCUUCGAAUAUAAUAACUUCGGCGGCAAAAAACGCAUCAUGCAGCCGCGGCUGGCUACGUCUGGUUGUCCAAACCAUAUUCGCCACCAUCACAGUAGCGAGUUUCAUCCUCAUUCUCAUCAUGGCUGUGCCGUUCCACCCGCCUCUGAACCCUUCAAACCGUCCACCACGGUGCCAGGAGAAUGAUGACUGCAGGAUCACGUGCAGAGAGACACCACUGUUUGGAGAAAGUGACCACUGGGACCCUACAAACGUUACAGGCGUAACCACGUUCCAGAGAUUGAAAUCCGUCGAUUUUUCCUACAACUCUUUUCACAACGUUUUAGGACGCACCAGUUUUACAGGACUUACUAAGUGCAAAGUUUUGUUUCUUAAUUCUUGUGGUAUAACUGCAAUUGGUGCGGGAGCAUUUGAUAACUUGCACAGUUUACAAAUGUUAUAUUUGCAAGACAACAAUCUUGUGAUGAUACCACCGGGUUUGUUCGACAAUAUCAUAAUGCUUACGUCUCCUACAGCCAGAAUUAAUCUACACAACAAUAAGUGGCAUUGUGAUUGUUCGAUGCGGGAUAUCCGACGAUUAGCAAAUACGAAUGUAUUGGUCACUGAGCCAGUAUGUUCCAGCCCAGAAUUCUUUAAAGAUAGAACGUUCAGCGAACUUGAUGAAAAUUGCUCCCAGGGGGAUAAUAAUUAUGAAAAUAAUACUGGUGGUGUUAUUGGUACUGUAGAUAGUGCCAGAUCGUAUUGGGAUGACCUGGACGAUAUAAAUGGUUUUGUGUACGUCAGCAAUACUUGUUUGAAUGGAAUGAGAUAUAAUAGCACAAACGCAACUUUGAGGAUGUUUUCUCCAGUGGUAGGUCACAGCUGCCCUUUUAAUGAGUUCCAGAAUCUAAAAGAUAUUGUCUCAUUUGCAUCCAGUCCCAUCAACCAAAUUCUGCCCAAAGAUAGUUGGAUACAUUUAACAUAUUUUCUGACCACUGAUUGCUAUUCCAUGGUAGAAAUAACUGCUAUAGAUUCAGAGGAAUACGGUCUUGUUUGGUAUCAGACAACGUGUCCAUACGAAGUGUACUGCGUUAGUGAUGUCCCUUCUGUUUUCAGGAUUUACAACGUAGACCCAAACGCUCAAUAUGUUUUUUGUCCCAUACUUCUAACCACGGGUGUAGUGGAACGUAAAAAUUGCGUCAUUUACAGCAAUGCAACGUUUGACUACGAAGAUGCUUACAACAAACUUCAUAUAGUUCUUUACAUUGUAACUGGAGCAGUGAGUGUCAUUUUUGGAGCUCUUUGCGUCUAUGCUGUUAUUCUCAAACAUCCUCACCUUCUCAAAGGUAGCAAAAGAAUUCUAUUUGUGAAACACAAAACUGUUGAUGCUCUAGUUUUGCCUCCAAAAGUGCCCCUGAGGAGUGAUUUGAUGGGUCAGUCGACACCAGUUUGUGACGAAAAGAAGAUCUUUAUAAUGCCUUCAAAUUCUAUUCCACCUCCAAGAUUUAACAGAAACGUAUCAUACAGAAGUAGCAGUACGCCUAGUUACAUUUCUGCUUUACAGCCUACUGAGGAUCAGCUAGCAGAAUGGCGUAUCAGGCAUCACUUUGAUAACAAUGACCUGUCUUUCUCCACAUCUCCGUCAGAACUGUCAACUCUCUCAUGGGUGUCAAGCAGCGAUGGAACAUACCACUCUAUCGAACUUGAUAACUACAGAAUUUAUGAGAGCUUGAAGUAGUUGAUUUAUUUCAAUAGCUGCUACAGGAAACCUUUUCCAUUUAUCACCUCACAUGCCAGGUGUAAUUUAUCAUAUGAGUCGUUUAGUUAUUCCAUUUUAUGUCCAUUAGCGUUCAUUUCCUAUGAGCUAAUGUCUAACCGUGAAAUGUGAGGUGGAAAUUAGCAAGGCGUUAUAUGAAAUCUAGCUGCUUUUAGCACAACGAUUAAUACAGGAGUUUUACUUUGUGUAGCAAAGUAUUAUUUUUAUUAUAUUUCUGAAAUGGCAAAAUCACUUCAAAAUGUGUUUUUGAAGUAUUUUUUUUGCAGUAACUAAUGAUGACUUCUUCGAAUUACACCUGCUUUAAACAGUUAACUGUGUCUAACAUUGUAAACAAAAGUGAAUCACCGUUGACUGCACACAGCUCUAAUAUAUUGUAACUGGUUGCAUAACAUGAAAUAGUACUCCCCGGAACAAAACAUUGUCUUUGGCUCACCUUUCGGGUUCGGGGAACAACUAAAAUGUAGUCACCCUGUAUCGGGUAGCCGUCAAUGUCUGUCCUCGCUUGAAUCAAUCUGCUACAGCUGUUUGUGACGUCACCUGCGCCGGCGCACAACCAUUGUCUUACUCAUUGGACGAUUGUUCUAUUCCUAGACAGUUUUAAAAUCGACUGUAGGCUUAGAGAAAAUUAAUAAUCAUAAAUCAGCUGUCGACCUUCUUUUUAGUGUUGUUUGAAAGUGAUAGUCAAAUGUUUUGACAUCACUAAAUGACGCGAAAAUUUAAUAAUUUGAGAUUGAUUAAAAAUAUUUAUUAAUGGUUUAUUAUUGUAAUGUAGAUUUAGGUUUAGUAUGUAAGUAAUUUUAAUAAUAUUUAUCAGCAAACUACUAUCUGAAAAUAAAGUAAUAUGUGAUAUUAA